CUCAUUCAUCCAUUCCAUCGUGUCCAGAAAAAAAAGAAACAAAAAAAAAAAAAAAGAGAACUUUGCUUUCCUCUUCCUCCAACUUUUCUUCCUCCUCUCCUCACAAAAAAAAAAAAGAAACUUUUCUUCGUUCAACGCUCUCUCUCUCUCUCGAUCUAUGGCGGAUGUGGUUGUUUGCAAAACCAACUUGUUUUCAUCAUGCCACCACCAUCAUCAACACAUCUCUGUGUUUCCAAAGACUUGGAAUCAAUCAUCGUUGUCAUUCUCAUCAAAGACGGACUUUCUUGGCAAAGGGAUUGGGCUUCACACUGCAAGGGAUCCGCCGCAAUUCCAAGCCCUUAAUUCACAGCUUCAGGCGCCGGGUUUUCGAAUCGGUAAAGCUCAUAGAUGGUGGGAAAAGGGGAUCCAACCCAACAUGAAAGAGGUGACGUCAGCACAAGACCUUGUGGAUUCCCUCUCAAACGCAGGAGAUGAGCUUGUCGUCCUUGAUUUCUUCUCUCCCGGUUGUGGUGGCUGCAAAGCUCUUCAUCCCAAGAUAUGUCAGUUUGCAGAGAUGAACCCAGAUGUUCAGUUUCUUCAGGUGAACUAUGAGGAACACAAAUCCAUGUGUUAUAGCCUCAAUGUUCAUGUCCUACCCUUCUUCCGCUUCUACAGAGGAGCUCAUGGUCGUGUAUGCAGCUUUAGCUGUACAAACGCCACGAUCAAAAAAUUUAAAGAUGCGUUAGCCAAGCACAAGCCAGAGCGCUGCAGCCUUGGGCCAACUAAGGGGUUGGAGGAGAAAGAGCUCCUCGCACUUUCUGCUAAUAAAGAUCUUAAAUUCACCUACACCCCUAAACAAGUUGAAUUUGUGCCUGCAAAAGCAUCUGAGGAAAUGAUUGUGGCAGCACCAUCUCGUUCAAACUCAGAAUCUCUUCCUCUGCCUUCAACAACAUUGAAGUCUGGUCAAAUCUCGGAGGAGAGAAACAUGGUCAGUGCUGGGAGAUGAUGCUACGCAGUCGGGUUUUCACCGUCCAUCCCUAUCGAUGGAGCCCCCCCCCCCCCCUGUACAGUUGUGUUGUUUUCUUAAUGUAAUGUAAAGAUACAUGCUAGAGAGCAGGAUAUUAGUGAAGGUUAAGUCAAUCCUGUGAGUUGUAGCAGGCUUUUUGGAUUUGUUUUUGGGAAUCCUUGGCCUGAAAACAUGUGUGAGUAAAUUUGAAGAGCUACCAUUUGUGCAAUUGUUGGUUUGCUCUGUUCUGCUGUAAUAGUGUAAUAUAUUAUUCUUCCUGAUUCAUUGAUGGAAGAGCUACUGGAGUGUGUGUAACAAUACGUUUGACUCGUGUUUUUGCACGGAGAAAUAAUAGCGCAGAAAAAUAUUAUCUUUCA